GUAAGAUUAUGUUCACCAUGUUGGAUCAAGUGUUUAUCCUGUUUACCUUGUGAUCAGUUGGAUCAUGACAGCAGAGCGUCAUCGUGCUGAAGUGUAAAGGACCCGCAGCCCGGCUCCCCGGCCCCCGACACGCCGCGCACAACUGCCACAAACGUUCCAAAAAUGAUGACUGCUUACAACGGUGGCUCCUCAGCAGUGGCUGCCCAUCACCAUCACCAGCUGCAGCACCUCCCGCCUCCCCACAUGCACCACCACCACCACCACCACCAAACAGGACAGCAUCACUUGCAGCACCCGGGUUCUGCUGCAGCCGUGCGCACCGUGCAGCAGCACACGUCCACUGCUGCGGCUGCAGCGGUGAUGCUCAAUCCUGGCCAGCAGCAGCCCUACUUCCCCUCUCCUGCGCCUGGACAGGCUCCAGGACCUGCUUCAGCUGCAGCUCCAGCCCAGGUUCAAGCCGCUGCUGUCAAGUCUCAUCACCACCAUCACCAUCACCACCACCAUCAGCAGCAGCAGCAGCAGCAAAACACGCAUCACCUUCAGCAGCAGCUGGACAUAGAGCCUGAUCGGCCCAUCGGCUACGGUGCUUUUGGAGUCGUCUGGUCGGUGACGGAUCCCAGAGAUGGAAAGCGAGUGGCUCUCAAAAAGAUGCCCAAUGUCUUCCAGAAUCUUGUUUCUUGCAAAAGGGUCUUUCGGGAACUGAAGAUGUUGUGUUUCUUCAAACAUGAAAAUGUACUUUCUGCUUUGGACAUACUGCAGCCUCCUCACAUCGACUACUUUGAAGAAAUCUACGUUGUGACUGAACUUAUGCAAAGUGACCUCCAUAAGAUCAUUGUAUCACCACAGCCUCUGAGCUCAGAUCAUGCCAAAGUUUUUCUGUAUCAGAUUCUUCGGGGACUUAAAUACCUACACUCUGCUGGAAUUCUGCACCGAGAUAUCAAACCUGGCAACCUCCUGGUUAACAGCAACUGUGUGCUCAAGAUCUGUGAUUUUGGGCUCGCCCGUGUGGAGGAGUUGGAUGAGUCCCGGCACAUGACUCAGGAAGUUGUGACGCAGUACUACAGAGCACCAGAGAUCCUUAUGGGCAGCCGGCACUACUCCAACUCCAUCGAUAUUUGGUCUGUGGGCUGCAUCUUUGCAGAGCUGCUGGGUCGGCGCAUCCUCUUCCAAGCUCAGAGUCCCAUUCAGCAGCUGGAUUUAAUCACUGACCUACUGGGGACGCCUUCUAUGGAGGCAAUGAGGACGGCAUGCGAAGGCGCACGGGCACACAUUCUCAGAGGAACUCAUAAGCAGCCAUCCCUCCCUGUUCUGUACACACUGUCUAGCCAGGCAACCCAUGAAGCAGUUCAUCUGUUAUGCAGGAUGCUGGUGUUUGAUCCAAAUUUGCCAAGCAGAGAGAUGAACAUCAGAGUAAAGCCGCCCUUCUGCAUACAUUUUCACUCAUCUCAAAGAAUCUUGAGGAAAUCUAAGAGGAUUUCUGCCAAGGACGCUUUGGCUCACCCGUACCUAGACGAGGGUCGACUGCGCUACCACACGUGUAUGUGCAAAUGCUGCUACACCACAUCCUCCGGCCGGGUUUACACCAGUGACUUUGAACCGGUCACAAACUCCAAGUUUGAUGAUGGUUUUGAGAAAAACCUGACCUCUGUGAGGCAGGUAAAAGAGAUCAUCCAUCAGUUCAUUUUGGAACAACAGAAGGGGAGUCGGGUGGCGCUCUGCAUUAACCCUCAAUCAGCUGCUUUCAAAAGCUUCAUAAGCUCCACAGUAGCUCAACCUUCUGAAAUGCCUCCAUCUCCGCUUGUGUGGGAAUAGAUGCUGCUGUGCACCAUCCUUUCCCCCAGCUGACCCGUCGGAACCCGAAAGCACCUAAUAAUUACGUAGCAUUUCACUGGAGUGAAGAACUUGCGGCUCUGAUCUAUUCAAGUGGACACAUGGAGAAAACGACUGAUACCUUUUGGAUUUGAAGUCUUGAUUUAUGAAUGAAUGGGACAGCAGCUUGAUAGAACAAAUGUUGAAGGUGUACUAAUGUAUUAGUUGCUAAGUAGACAAUAAAAUCUUUAGAAAACAAAGUACAGUGGUUGAUGAUCGUACCCAAUACCUGCAAAGAUGUAUAGAUUUUUUUUUAUUUGAUUUUUUUGUUUUGUUUUGCCAGAUGUAAACUACUUACAUUUAUUGCAAACCGUACACUUUGGCAUAUUCCUGUUAUUACAUCAACCAGCAAUGUUGCAAUGGUUCUUUAGAUCCCACGUUGCUUCGUACCCAGACAAUCAACUGUAAAUGUGUCUGUAGAAUGGACAGAUACCCCAAGUUUUACAAAAAAAAAAAAAAACCCAUGCUGUUUGAGAUGUGAAAAAUGUUUAAACUUUGGUUGUUGGAAGCAUUUGUCUUUUUUCUUUUUUUUUUUUCAUUCCCUCAUCAAAUGUUUAAUUUACCAAAGAUUAGGAGCCUCGUGCAGGAAUUAUGCAGCGAGGUAAUCAGUGGGCCCCGUGUACAAACAGUACAUGCUUUCUAAAUGGGUAUUCGUCUGCACAGUUUUCACUUUAUGCAAAAAUGUAGAAGGAUAAGCGUACAGUUUAUAGACGGAUGCUCCUGAUGUUUCAGUUGAAGGAGUUCUAAAGAUUCUGCCAUCAAACCUUCCUUACACGAACACUUCCUUCAGUUCGGAUGUCCUGGUUCUGUUUGGAUGUCCUGGUUCUGCUCGGAUGCUCAGAUUCCGAUGGACCAGUGGUUCCAUUCUUUUCUCUCCCUCUCAGUCCUUUCACUGUCAAACCCAGUUGCUCCUGCUCUUACAUAUUAAAGCAGAAGUUUCCAUCCACAGCGUAAAAGUUUAAAAGUCAGUUAUCAUCAUUUCUAAGUAAAUGUAUGGAAACUUGUGUAUUUAAAGAAAAAAAAACAACCUGUCAAUUAAUGAAUGGAAAUAAUUUCUGUAAUUCUAACUGAUCUAACAGAUUUUUGGUCUGAUUUUAAUUCAGAAAGCCAGGAAGAAAUUGUGCCUGUCUUUUUAAUUGGUUUAUGUAAUUUAAAAAAAAAAUACAACAAUGUUUUAAUACAACAAGUAUUAAUACAUUUGAAUCACUUUGCAGAAUAUUUUGCUGGUCUUGGCUGUAAUAUUUGUGAUGGAAAGUUGGACUUUUAAGUAAAGCUGCUAAUGUCAGAGGUAUGCUACUGAAUAACAUUCAACAUGGAGUCGAUCUGCAUUUACUGGACCUCUGAAUUGGGUCAGAAUUACUCUAAGUAAAUAAUAAUAAAAAAAAAUAUAGCAGAACUUUUUCCAGAAACUUUCAAAAUUACUGUGCAAAGAUUCACACACAGGGCUGCUUUGCUCUUGGGCCAGUAAGGAUGUCGUUUCUAAGCCUGGUUUUGUGCUGAAACUUGCAUGAACAGCAUAUUUUGUUCAGAACUUGCAUCUAAAUUUCUGGUUUCAGUGCAGACUUGAUAUGUUGGACAGAAUAUCCAACUUUAUCAUUUCUUGCUCUUUUUGUUAGGGGUUGUGUUGUUAGUUUCUAACUGUCAUGGUCAACCACACCUCUACAAAGAGUUUCUUGAUUAAAAACUUAAAAUAUUCCCUGGGAAAGGUUCUGGGUCAGAACCACUGCAUUACAGAACUUGAGUACCUCUUUAUGAGAAGCAUUUUGGUUGUGGCAAAAACUCCCAAAAAUAAUCCAUAGUCUGAAUCCUAUCUGCAUUUUAGGACCUCUAUCUGAUUAUAAUGUUCUCUUACAGCAGAGUAGUUUAUGAAUUCAUGUGUUGAAUUAUUGGUUCUAAUAGUAACAUCCUUUAGAUUUCCCUUUGAAAUCAAUUCAGUCUGUCAGCAUUCUUCUAAAAUAUUCAGUCCCCCUUCUAAAGCUGUGAUGUGUGUGAAGAACACAGAUCUCACUGAUUAUUAGCCCCCAAAAAACACACCCACAUUGUUUUCAACAUGCUCUGUUGUGAUGGGGUUGGAAUGAAACAUUUGCUUUGUCAAUUCGUGGCCUUAAAGAUUGAGUCUUUGUGAUUGUAAAUGUAGUUGCAGAACCUGUUAGAGGAAGUGCAUGUCAACAACCUUCUGUAGAAAAGCAAUAUCUGUAGAGUGGUGUGAAAAAGGGUUUGUCUCUUUCCUGAUUUCAUUUAUAUAUAUAUAUAUAUAUAUAUAUAUAUAUAUAUAUAUAUAUAUAUAUAUAUAUAUAUAUAUAUAUAUGACACUCAAGUGUUUCAAAACGUCGAACCAAUUUAGAUAUCACAAAGACAUUGCCUGUAAACACAAAAUGCCGUUUUUAAAUGGUGUUCAUUAUUAAGGGAGGAAAAAAAUCCAAACCUGCAUUUACCCUUUGUGAAUUCAGUCACAUUGACCAUCAAUGGUCUUUGUUCAGUUUUUCUUCAGAGGUGGACUUGCUGUUGUGUUGUGGGUCAUUGUCCUGCUGCAGAACCAGCGUUGGUUUCAGCUUCAGAUGGACGGACGUUCUCCUUUGGGAUGUUUUGGUAAACUCUGUUUAUCCCAGCAGGUUCACCAGAUCCUGAAGCAGCAAAAAAAAAAAGCCCCAAAGCAUCACUCUACCACCACCAUGCUCUACUGUUGUUUUUCUGAAAAGCAGUGUUACAUGAACACGUCUGAAAAUAGUUUUUCUCAUAAUUUUACAGAAUGUUUCAAAGACCAUUCUUAAUGAGGUUUUCAUUGGGGAACUCUACCAGGCAAGCCCUUUUUGUGCAGUCUUUUUUUUUUUUUCUUUUCAUGAUGGAAGCAUGACCUCUGACCUUAUGUGUGGCAAGUGAGGCAUGCAGUUAUUUGGAUGUUGUUGAGUGUUUUGUGACCUCUCUGAUGAGUCGCCGCUGAGCUCUUGGGGUAAAUUUGGUCGUUGGAAGCCUCACCUCUGUGUGGAUAACAGAUGACGGCUCUUGCUGUGGCUCACUGGAGUCCAAAAACUUUAAAAACUACUUUGUAAACCUUCUCAGACUGAUUGAUCUUGAUUAUUUUCUUUCUUCUUGUUGUUCCUGAAUUUCUGUGGCUCUCUGCAUGAUGUUUAACCUUUGAGGAUCAUUUGGUGUACAUCACUUUGUCAGGCAGUGAAAUCCUGCCAGACAAAGUGAUGCCUUGGUUGAAAGGAUGAUCCUGAUUGAAACAGUGAUGAACCAUGCGUAAGUGGGUGGAGCAAUCACUUUUUCACACAGGGCCUUGAAGGUUUGGAUUUUUUUUCCCUUUCAAAACACUUUUCAAAAGUGCAUUUUGUGGGGGAGGUUGUUGCUUUGUCUUUGACUUACAUUGAAAUUGGUUUGGUUUGAAGUGAGACAAAGACGCAAAAAUAAAGGAUAUCAGGAAGGGCAAACACUUUGUCACACUACUGUGAAAAAGUGGUAAAAUAAUUUCAGUGUCGAUGUCUCACUUUGAAUGAACUUGAUUAACCCUUUACCUGCCCCAGAACAAAUGCAGGAGCUAAUGAGGAAGGAGCCCAGCUGAGGACGCGGAGCUGGAGCUCAGUGUUGCCGUUGCGCCUGGCACCACAGCAACCAAUUGGUCAACCAAUCACAACGUUGUGUGUAGACCUCGUUGCCUUCUUGUCCCACAUGGCCCUGAUAGCCUUGUCGAUGCUUGAUUAGAGAGCAGCUCAGUUUAAUGUCUUGGUUCUCGAACCAAUAUGUCUAAAGUUUUGUGUUGGAGUGAGUUACAGGCCCACAAUCUGGUUUCUCAGAUUUUUACAGGAAAAAUACAAUCUAAGUGGUUUUUACUGUGGCUUCUAGUGAUUUAGGAAUUUAGACUUGUAUUAAAAUUCUGCUCCACAAACCAGCCCCUGCACUUCCAUCACCAAGUAGACAAUAACAUCCAACAACUUGGUUGACAAUAACAUCAUGAUCUUUUGAUCUUUGAGUUACAAAUAAUCUAGAGGAGUAAGAUCUCUACUGUAUAGUUUGUACCUUUUAGGGUGACUGAGCAGCCUUACACUAUGGAUUUAGUUUAUCAUUUGCAAAGUGACACUUCAAAAAGUGUGAGAAAACGCAUCAUUAUACAAAGGUUUUAAAAUCACUGCUUUGAAAAAUAUAAAUGAGCAUUUUUACUAAAUCUGUAUUUUAUUUUUACUCCUUGGGUAUGAACCCAAAAAGAGCAUUUGAUGCUUCUGUGAAUUAUGCGGUUGAAAAAAAAAUAAAAGGUCCCUUCGGCCAAGUCAGAAGUCCAAUGAUGAUGUUGCACAGUAAACUCCCAAGUGUCAAAUAAGCAUGUUGGAGCAUGUGAACUGUGUAAGAGUGUAAAAUGCCUCCUUAUUGAGCACAGUGUUGGUGUAAAUAUUCAGUAAAAAAAAAAAUAUAAUAAUUAUAUAAUUAUAAAUUUAGUUGUUGCACUGCAACGUUUCACUCUUUUGGAGUUAAUGUAACACAAUAAGCCAGUGUUACUGAAAAUUCUCCAAACUGAGUGUAAAAACACAUAAUGUAAUCAUAUACAAUUUACUAUAAACCUAUUCAUCAUAUACAUUUAUUGAAAUCAACAAUAACUUCAAAUAUUUACUCUAAAUAUUUCUCAGAUAUACAGCUAAAACCUAACAUAAAAUAUUUUAGAUAAAUAUUAGUAGGACAAAGACAUCUUCCAUGUCUUAUCAGUUAAUUACGUUUAUCGCAGAAAUAUGUAAAUUCACAGAAAUGGAUUUAGCACAAAAAUAUAUUAUUCAGGGGAUGACGGUGGUGGGAGUUUGCUCUGCAAUCGGUCGAUUGCUGGUUCAAUUCCCGCUCCACAUGCCCUUGUUGUUUGUGUCCCUGAGCAGGACACUAGUCUUGGUGUUGGGCUGAUGGUGCAAAACUGCAGCCUUGCUUCUGUGAGACUGCUGUCACUACAACCCAGCAGCUUGUCAUCUGACACUAUUGGAUAUUAUUUAGAAUAACAAUUGAAAAGUAACACUGCAAGUGUUUAUGUAUCUCCAUAGAGCGAAAAUAUAUUGACAAUUAAUGUUGUUAAUGAAGUUUACUGUGUAACUCAAUUUAACUCUAGUCAGAGUAAAAUCUACUCUGAAAUGUUUGCACUGAUCAGUGUAACUUUAACAGUGUACAGGGCUGGGCCACAUGCUCUCUGGUUCAGUGUUGAAAUGGACUUUAUUAGUGUUGUUUCCACACUGCUCAAUUUACUGUGCAUCACGGGUUGGAAAUGAAUAUCUGGUUAUAUGAAAAUCGAGUGUUAAACGUAUAAAAUUGCAUAAUGAAUGAAAUAUGUAACAACCCUAUUAGUGUGAUUGACCCUUUGGGAGGAAAUUAAAUUAAGUGGGUGACUUCAACAAGUCAGUAAGUCUGGGAUUGUUCUUGCUGCUCUUUAUUAACCCCAUUGAUCAUUAGAACUAAAUAACGCUGUUGGAUUGUCAAACAGUCUUUAAAACCAAGACAUUAAAUCCAGCUGCUUUCUACUCUGCAACAGCUGAAGAGCAGAGAAUCACUGAUUCUUCCUCUGUGGUCCACUGUGAACUUAGCUUCACUACAUUUCUUUACAGUCCUGUGACUUUUUUGCAGUUGACAGUUCUUCCUGUUUUUCCUAAGGCAUGUUUGGUGCCUAGCCUGUUUUAGGUUUGUAUUUCUUUUUUGUCCAUGCUUCCCUGUGGGCAGCCCAUGUUGCUAUCCAGACUCCAAUCCUGCUGAGGUAAAAAAAAAAAAAAAAAAAAAAAAAAAUCCAGACUCCUUAACGCUGCAGAACCAGAAUGUACUCAUGAUGUACUGAUAGACUUUAUUCUACCUGUUGUAAUUAAGAACUGUGUGCAGAUUAGCUCCAUAUAUCCUAUUCAUGCAGAUCACUGUUGAUGGGUGACAAGUACUUGAGUGAAGAUUUUCACCAUAAUAGUUUUCCAUAUUGUCAAAAUAUCACUGUAGAGAAUAAAUAAUUCAGUUUCAGUUCAUCUUAUUUAUAUAGCGCAUAUUCACCACAAAUACUCUCAUAUAACGUACAUGUUAUAUACUUUUACAGUUGUAAUGUAGUAUUGGUUUGCAUGUGAUCCUCACACUUUGAGUAACUGUUAAUAGUAAAUAGAAAAGCAAUUCUGCUUAAUCAAUAUCACUGUAUUGAAACUGUAUUAGCCUGCCUAUUUUAGAGGCUUUGGAGUUUGAUUUUAUUUUUUAAAUCUACAAAAUGUAUAUCUAUAUAUUUAGAUUUUUUAAAAAAUCUUGUAAGUACAGUAUUAGGCAGAGAAUACACGAUGUAUAUACCACAGAGAUGUACAAAUAUCCAGGGAUAUGUCUUUUGUUAUUGUUUUUAAUGAUGUUCUUGGAGCAACACUGUGUGAAUAUGUAUAAAAGGUUCCCUGUUUCGGUCUCUACCUCUUGAUCUCACUGACCUUGAGUUACUUAUCCCUUUUUAAAUUAAUGGAGAUGAGAAUAAUUAAACAGCUGACUGUUUAUUCAA